UCACUUUUUUAAAACAAUAUGAUAUAUUCGUGAUUAUAUUAGGUCAUAAUAAAACUUAAUUUAAAGUUUGUAGCUAGCAUUCAUUGCGUCGUAUUGAAUGUUUAUUUUGAAAUCUAAUUCAUACACCCACCAGAACACUUAACGUUAGGUAUUAUAUGGAUAUGCCCCAUUGCGAUAUACCAUAUGCUUAGCAACUGUUCUUGUGCCAGAAGUGAAAGUGACCCCAGUAAAUGCACUCGACAUGGCAUCCAGCAAGGGUAAGCAGAGUCUAAGGGAAGAUCUGACAUGUGCCAUCUGCUUUGAGCUCUUCAAAGAUCCCGUCCUGCUGGACUGCAUGCAUCAUUUCUGCAGGACAUGCAUCACGUCUUACUGCAGGACUGUCAGGGGUCCCGUGGCCUGCCCUCAGUGCAGAAAAGAGAUUUCCAACAAACGCUUUCAGACCAACUAUUUAGUAGCGGGUUUGGUGGAUAAGGUCAGGGCCAAUUCUAGCUCUGGAUCUGUCAAGUAUCUAGAGAAGCAAUUAAGGGACUGUCUGGAGUCACAGCGCUCCAUAAAAGAUGCUUACAUCCUCAUGAUCCGUGAAGACAAAGAAAGGAUGGAUAAAAUACAAAAAAUAGGAGCUGAGCUUCAGGUCCGAGUGCAGAGUGACUUUCAGGCUCUACAUAACUUCCUGCGGGUGGAGGAGGAGACCAUGAUGGAGGAUUUAAGGAGAGACCAGGAGGAAAUGCUGCAGGGUCUGGAGCGACAUCUGGAGGUCUUACAGGUGGCCAUCAGGGACGUGGAACAGAACAUCAACACGCUACGACAGACUGCCAACAGCGCAGACCAAUCUGUGCUCAUAGAGCUACCAGAAUUGAAUUCCAGACCACCUCUGCAAGAGCUGACUGUCAACAUCAAUGCUUUUAAAAGCAAAUUCAUCGCUCCUCUUCAAUACACUAUGUGGAGAAAGAUGUUUCAACAUUUACAGCCAGGCCCAGCCCCAUUGAUAUUUGAUGAGGACACUGCUCACCCCAGCCUCCAACUUUCAAGGAACAAAACCCAAGUGGUUGAGAGCGACAACAUGCACAUCUACACAUCCAAUGCAAAACGCUUCCUCCAGUGCGUCAACAUUCUCGCCACCGAGGGCUUUCAGUCAGGCAGCCAUUAUUGGGAAGUGGACGUGAGCAACAGUCUGAAAUGGGAUUUAGGCGUCGCCCUGGAAUCUGUGAAUCGUCAGGUCAGAGUCAUACUGUGUCCCGAAAAUGGGUACUGGACCCUCCGGCUCCGGAGUGGAAACCAGUACUCCGCCGGCACCCAGCCCUGGACGCCGCUGACGGUGAUGGCCUCGCCAAGAAGGAUUGGGGUUUUUCUGGAUUGUGAGGAAAGGAAAGUGUCGUUUUACAAUGCAGAUAACAUGGCCCUGCUGUAUUCCUUUUCUGAUGGGCCGAGAGGAAAAGCGUUGCCUUUCUUCAGCCCCUGCGUUAGCGAACGUGGUCAGAAAGCCCAGGCUAUCCGAAUUCUCCACUUUCCAUUGGAGUUUUAAAACUCUUAUCCCAGUCAUGUGGUUUAGUUGAAGGAUUCUGUGUUAUCACCGAUGCUUUAUUAGAGCCAUGCAGAUAUAAUAACAGUAAUCAAUCACUGUAUGAUGAAUUUAUUGUAUGUUGUGUGUACUUAUUGCGUGUUGACAUCAGGCAGGCAAUUCUUUUUGUGCCAGUUUUGUGUAGAUACACAAAGAUAUGAUUUUAAAAGGCAUUUGGGACAGAAACAUUAUUAUCUAGCGUUUAGAUGAAUGCUUUUCAUCCUGGGUUUAACCCUUUUGGCUGUAGUUUCACAAAUGCAGUUUUGCUAACGCAAGUAUUAUAAAAAUGAAAGAGAAACUCUACAUACUGUAUAUUGUAAAUCAAUUACUAUUUUAAUCUGAUUAGUCGAAAUGCACUUUGCACAAUAUUCCUUUCAUUGUUGUCUUACAGAAAGAAAUGAAAGAUAAUUUCAUAAAAUCAAAUGUUAAUAUGUUAAUAAUGUUUGUAGUUAUGUUUCUGGGCUGACUGGUUGUUCAAUCAUUUCCACUUUUAUUACCGAAAAAGGGAGUACCGCUCAUUUCUGCUAUGUCAGUAGUUAAUGUUCAUUUUCUUUGUAGUCAGAAAAUGUGAAGGUGUAUUAGUUCUUCCUGUCCAUCAUCGUGUCAAGGCUCAAUGAGGAGAAAACUCUUCCUUCCUUUCAAAUGGACAAAACAAGGACUCUGUUCUAUAUUUCAGAUAUUAUUAUUAAUUCAUGCACAAUCUAUAAAUCACACGUCGUUCUCUCUGUAACAUCCGCCUGUAAAUACAUUUCUUAUUUCGUUUA